AUAAAAUUUAGCAAGACUAGAUUUUAGUGCCAAAAAAAAAAACCAGUGACUUAAAAAGGAAAAAAAUAAAGAAAAAAAAUGAAAAGUAUGGGUUGAAGAUGGCUACUAUAAUAAGUAAUGUAUUGGUAUAAAAGGAAAAGUGACAUAAAUGGAAUUUGGGUGAAUGUAUAGAUCUCCUCCAUUCCAUCUCAUUCCUACCUGUACCUGCUGCUCUUCUGUUUAUCAUUGGACGCCAGUCAGUGCUCCACAGCUUUUUUCGACACUUCCUCUAAUAUAUUAUGUCUCCCCUUUAAAUAUAUACGUAUAUUCCUCUAUUCCCCGCUUUUCAUCAUCUCUCCUCGCUCCGCAGCCAUGAGUCUCUUUGGCCUUGGCAGGAAUCAAAGGACAUUCCGGCCUAAGAAAAGUGCCCCAUCAGGCAGUAAGGGCGCACAGCUUAGACAGCAUAUUGAUGCCACUUUAGGUAGUGGGAACUUGCGAGAAGCUGUAAGGCUACCUCCUGGUGAAGAUUUUAAUGAAUGGCUAGCUGUUAACACUGUAGAUUUCUUCAACCAGGUGAAUCUUCUCUACGGCACCCUCACAGAGUUCUGUACGCCAGAAAACUGCCCUACAAUGUCUGCUGGCCCUAAGUACGAGUAUAGAUGGGCAGAUGGUGUAACAAUUAAGAAACCUAUUGAAGUUUCGGCUCCUAAAUAUGUUGAGUAUUUGAUGGACUGGAUUGAAACGCAGUUGGAUGAUGAGUCCUUAUUUCCUCAAAGGCUAGGUGCACCAUUUCCUACUAAUUUCAGGGAUGUUGUGAAGACUAUAUUCAAACGGCUAUUCCGCGUAUAUGCUCAUAUAUACCAUUCACAUUUUCAGAAGAUUGUGAGUCUUAAGGAGGAAGCCCAUCUAAAUACUUGCUUCAAGCAUUUUAUCCUUUUUACAUAUGAAUUUUCGCUGAUAGACAAGAAGGAACUCGCUCCGCUACAAGAGCUCAUUGAAUCAAUUGUCCCACAUUAAAGCACGAUUGCAUAUCGAUCUUGAUCUGGUUUUUACGUAUGAAAUAAGUGUGUUUAUAGUUAGUUUCCUGGUAACUGAUUUUGUUGUACCAUCUUACUGUAACAAAGAACUCAACUGCUGGUAUUCAGUAUUCUUACCGUAACUUGUUCAAAAUUAAUGUUAAAUGCCAAGACAGGUUUGUUUCUGUUA